GCGGGUUCUGUCGUCGGGAAGGUGCGCGCGCCCUCUACCCGCUCCGCGUGCUCGGAAGACGGCCGCGUGCGCGCUCGGGUGAAGGCGGCGGCGGCGGCGAGGAUCCGGAUCCACAUCCGGAGCGGGAGGCUUUGCGGCCCCCGUUUGUGCCCAGCCGGGGCUCGGCGUUCCCCCCUCCUCAGCCCGGGGCCUAACUCUGCCCGAUCUCUUCGCACCCCCUCCCCUCCCCUCUCCUCUCCUUCUCAGCGUGACCCGGGGACGGGCAGCGGCUGCUUUCCUUUCAGAGCAAGUACUAUGUCCAGUGAGUCACAGAGGGCUGAUGACAGCCCGAGUACCAGUAGUGGUAGCUCAGAUGGGGAUCAACGUGAGAGUAAUCAGCAAGAACAAGAAAGGCAACAACAGCAGCCUAAGAAGAAGGAUGCCAAGAUUUCCGGUAAAACGGCUGCUAAACUUUCAACUAGUGCUAAAAGGAUUCAGAAAGAACUCGCAGAAAUUACACUCGAUCCUCCCCCAAACUGCAGUGCUGGGCCCAAAGGAGACAAUGUCUAUGAAUGGAGGUCAACUAUCCUGGGUCCUCCAGGUUCAGUGUACGAGGGUGGUGUCUUCUUCUUAGAUAUCACAUUUUCACCGGACUACCCCUUCAAGCCACCUAAGGUGACAUUCCGGACAAGAAUCUAUCAUUGCAAUAUCAACAGUCAGGGAGUGAUCUGUCUGGAUAUUCUGAAGGAUAACUGGAGCCCAGCACUCACCAUCUCGAAGGUUCUUCUGUCAAUUUGUUCACUUCUAACAGACUGCAACCCCGCGGACCCUCUCGUUGGAAGCAUAGCAACUCAAUACCUGACCAACAGAGCAGAACAUGACCGAAUAGCCAGGCAGUGGACCAAGAGAUAUGCUACAUAGGGUAGACAGCAGUAACUCCUGGACUCUGGGAAAGCACACUCCGCCUGCAACAACCCAGAUUCCCUCCUGACUUUAUUUUAAGCCCUGCUCUUUUUUAAAAAAUAUCUUUGUGUAAAAAUAUCCUUCUGUUCCUUGAAGACUUGAAGAAAUUUGACACCUGGUUGUUUUUACAAUGUCUAAAUCUCUACAAUGUAAAGAAUGUUCACGUUAUAUAUGUAGAGAGUUUUAUUGUUACAUAGGUUUGUAUAAGUGUGCCCUCUUCCAUGAUAGAUUUAUAUCUGAUUUCUUCACGUAGGUUGCAAUUAGAGCCAGAUUUUUUGUAUUGAAGUCGACCAUGUCAGGUGCAUGCUACCGGGCUAUCACUGCAGUAGGUUAAGUUCACAGUCACUGUGCAUUACUACAAUGACUGGCUUUGUCACCUGCCUCAUUAUCUUCUUUUCUCAAAAAGGCUGACGAACGACACUUAAAAUUUGUGUAGUUUGAACAAUCCAGUGGAUUCCGGUUAAUUGGGGCAAGACUGUGGCUGAACAUUUUCUCAGUAGUGUCAGUCACGUGCACUGUGUGGCCAUUAGACACUGCACUGUGCUUAAAGGAAACAGUUUUUAAAUAGCAUGCUUGUAUCCAGACAGCAGUUAUUUCUCUCACCAACCGUUGGUGAGAAAUAAACAGUAGGAUAAUUCAGAACUGUUUUACUCACUGCAUUUUCAAGCAUUCAGUCCUCAAUGCCAGAAACAGCCAGGAGUGACAUUUUUAAAAAUAUUUCACUACUUCAAUUUAGAAACUAUGAAGAAUCUAAAAGUAUUAACGAUAAUCUUGAAUGUUACCAUGAAAAUUUGGAGGAUGCAAUUGGUGAUAGCAUUGUAUGAAGGCUGUCCAUUAUUUACAAGUGUCUGCGCUGAGUUUGUUCAUUUAUAGUCAAUCAAAAGAAUGCGGCAGCGUACACUGGACGAAUUCCUCCGUUGUUAACCAUUACAAACUAAUACUCAGUGUUCUAAUUUCUUCUGUAUUUCAUUUAAAUACAUAAUUUCUUAGUUAAACAGUAGUUUGUCCUUUUUAGUACCUUUUUAACUAUUUGGCUAAGUGGGGCAGCUGCUUAAUUGGGCCAAAAUGUGCUGGUCCUGCUGUGUCCCAAAUAACCGGAAUCCACUUUACUUACUUUCAAAUGCUUGUAAAUUUUGAGAUGAUUGCAAUUCUUGACUGUGGAACAGUUUGAUGUACACUUGUAUUAUUGCACCCAUUAAAACAGCACCAUGGCUGAGAUAC